UCUGUGCUAGGACAAAAGAGAAGAGAGAUGAGGAAUUGCAGUGCAUCGUUCUUGACGUGUUGUGUGUUAUUGCUUGCUUCACUCGCCGGAGGUGAAAGUCUACCACCAGAAAAGAAGAAUAACUGUACCUACUUGGUCACAAUAGAGACAACUUGCACCUUGGGUGCUGAAACCUCAAGCCAUGUUAGCCUAAGAUUUGGUGAUACAAACUCUAAUGACAUAUUGGUUCGCCAUCUAAAUUCCAAGCACAUAAGGAGGGUGGAUCCAUUAGACCCUGUGGUCCUUGACGACAUUCCUAGGAAACCAUUUCAAGCUUGCAUGAUAGAUGAAUUUCAAGUAAUGGGUCAAUGCGUGGAGUCCCCCAUUUGCUACCUAUACCUGAAAUUGACCGGAACUGACGAUUGGCGACCUGGUUUUGCACAAGUUCAAGUGCUAGAAGGGUCUCAUCUUAGCUCGAAUUAUUUCUUUUUUCGCCGAUACUUGCCAAGACAUGUAUGGCAUGGUUUGGAUGUGUGUGAUAGGGAGGUCACCCCUUUUGGGAUCAAGCACAAGAGGAAGGUUUUUGUAAAGAAGCCAUCUAAGUUCUAAUAUUCAAAGUUCAAACCAAUAUAUAUUGGGAUUGUUUGUAGAGAAGGAAUCUAAGUUAGUCUCCAAGAAUAAUGUUUGUAUUUAGUGUCUUCUUUCCAUAUGGCUUUGAUUGA